AUGAUGGCCAUCCUUCUGAACUGUGUCACUUUAGGAAUGUACCAGCCAUGUGCCGAUGAAACGUGCACGUCAAAUCGCUGCUAUAUCCUUCAGUUAUUUGAUCACCUCAUUUUCUCUUUCUUCACUAUUGAAAUGAUUGUCAAGAUCGUGGCUCUGGGACUUAUUGGCAAAAACACCUACUUGGCAGACACGUGGAACCGACUAGAUAUCAUCAUAGUGGCAGCUGGAACUCUCGAGUACUGUCUGGAUGUUGGAAGUAUCAACCUCUCAGCCAUUAGGACUAUCCGUGUUCUUCGUCCACUUCGCGCCAUUAACAGAAUACCAAGUAUGCGAAUCCUGGUAAUGCUAUUGCUGGAUACUCUUCCUAUGUUAGGCAACGUUCUCCUUUUGUGUUUCUUUGUUUUCUUCAUAUUUGGCAUUAUAGGAGUUCAGCUAUGGGCAGGUCUUCUCAGACAGCGAUGUUUCAUGGAAGAGCUUCCCCCAGGGGUCAAACGCCCAGGCCCAGUGUCUUCUUAUUACCAAAAACAAGCAUCACAGAAAGACUACCUCUGUAGCAUGGAAAAAGAUAAUGGAAUGCAUAAAUGUGAAAAGCUUCCUCACUAUCAACAUCAUGAAGUCAUAUGCUAUGGCUUGGCUUUGCCUCACACCAAUAACACACUACCUGAUUCUUUUUGUGUGGACUGGAACCAGUACUACAAAGUUUGCCAUGCGGGUGAUAAGAAUCCUUUUCAGGGAGCCAUAUCUUUUGAUAAUAUAGGAUUAGCUUGGGUAGCUAUAUUUUUGGUGAUAAGCUUAGAGGGAUGGACAGACAUAAUGUAUUAUGUACAGGAUGCUCAUUCAUUUUGGGAUUGGAUAUAUUUUAUGCUCCUUAUUGUGGUUGGCUCAUUUUUUAUGAUCAACCUUUGCUUAGUUGUGAUAGCAACACAAUUUUCUGAAACCAAAAAAAGAGAAAUGAAGAGGAUGAAGCAGGAACGUGCACACUUUCAAUCCACAAGUUCUCUUGCCAACACCAAUCCAUCUGAACAACCACUUAGCUGCUACAAAGAAAUGAUGAGAUAUCUAGCACAUCUGGGCCGUCGUGCUAGACGGAGAUUCCUACAUUGGUACAAACAAAUGCACCAGGAACCUGGGAAAGAAGAAUUACCACACUCAGAAUCUUUACAAAGUAAACAUCAUGGGCUACCACAUCAGCUAGAGCAAAGCUUAUUAAAAUGUCAAGAGUCUUGUUAUGAUUUUUCAAAUAAUAAUAACUUCGAUUCCAGGAACUCCUCUUCUAUCCAGUUUAUUCACAUAUCACAAACACCUGAACACAAUGUGAUAUGGCCUUUAUUUGAAUCAUCUGUUGCUCCAUAUGCUAGUCCUGAGUCAUCAGAAAUUGAUCCUACUUCAUCACCAAGAAGACCUAACUUGCUCAAUGUUCUCACCCCUGAUAAUUCCAUAGUACCCAUCACUGUUUUCACACCCGAUAGUUCCUCCAUAAGUGAAUGCCAAGUCUCAGAAAACAACAUGACACUGAAGAGGAUGCACGAAUACAUUGAAACUAGUUUCUCUGAUAUCAGACCUCUGACACCUGAAGAACUAACUUUAGCAGUGGAAGUAUGUAAUUUGAUUCUUAGUGUUAUAUUUGGUCUUGAAAUGAUGCUCAAGAUCGUGGCAGAUGGCUUGUUUGGUUACAUUAGCAAUGGCUUCAAUGUUCUUGAUGGUGUUAUUGUAAUUCUCAGCAUUGUGGAACUUUGGCAGAGUAGUGGCAGUGGAUUGUCAGUUUUAAGAACCUUUCGCCUUCUUAGAAUCUUAAAACUGGUUCGUUUUAUGCCAGCACUUCAACGACAACUUGUUAUCAUGUUGCAGACCUUAGAUAAUGUUGCAGUUUUCUUUGCUCUUCUGAUUUUGUUUAUAUUCAUUUUUAGCAUUCUAGGUAUGAAUCUUUUUGGAUGUAAAUUCUGUGAAAAAGAUGAAGAUGGUGUGAUGCAAUGCGACCGGAAGAACUUUGAUUCCCUACUCUGGGCUCUAGUAACGGUCUUUCAGAUUCUUACUCAGGAAGAUUGGAAUGUUGUACUUUUCAAUGGUAUGGAAAAGACAUCACAUUGGGCUGCUUUGUAUUUUGUGGCUUUGAUGACUUUUGGAAACUACGUUCUCUUCAACCUCCUUGUGGCAAUUUUAGUGGAAGGAUUUUCUACUGUAGAUGACAAAAAAAAAAGUAAUGAAAAAUUAUCAAAUUGCAAUGAAACUGAAUAUAAAGAAGAUGACGUGUCAGAUGAUGAAAAUUUAAAGUCAUCCAGUAAAAUAGAAAAUGUUAUAUAUAAACAAGAUGACGUGUCCGAUGAUGAGAGCUCAAAGUCACCCAGCAAAAUAGAAAAUUUUAUCCAUUAUGCAGACCCAAAAGAUAACAUUGAAAAGGAGACAAUGAUGUUGUCUAAACCACUUGUCAUAAAAACUGAUUCCAAGCCUGGUGAAUUACUCUGUUUUCCACCAAUUAUCACUCACACAGCAGCGACACCACAAGGCUCACCAAAUGCUACUCUGGAACCAUUGGUACGAGAUUUAAAUAAUAAGUAUACUCCAUUCAUGGCAUUGAACAUUAGCAACACAUCUAUUGACUCAAUAGAUAAAUCACCAACCCCAAGUUUGGUGGGAACUCCUCAAAACUCACCCAGCCUGUCUCGCACUUACAGUAAAAACAGUAAGACUUUAAUUGUGCCAACUAGCGAAAUAAGUGGACAUUUUUCAGAUUCAAACCAAAGAGGCUGUCAUUCGCCAUCUUCUUCAUCACGUCGUAAUAGUCUAACACCUUCUCUGAUCACUAAAAAUCUUUCUCGAAAAGAAAGUCAGAACAGUAAUGCUGGAUCCCUGAAGUUACGCAGACGAGGAAGCAUGUGCAGUUGGAGAGGCUGGCAGAAACGAAAACGAGAGAGAGAGAACUCGGAUAGUGCUUCAGUGACAGACGGAGAAGAGGUGUUACUGAACAAUAAGACAAUAAUUCAUCAUAACAAUCCAACAGCUGAUCAUACCCUCUGUAAUGGAGGAUUCCCAGCUCUCAGUAAUACUCCAAAUAACAAGCGACCAUUAGCAUCCAAACAAAAUAGUAUCAACAGCCAUAAAUCUCUGACUCCACAAAACUCAAUUAACAGUCAUUCUUUUCAAUCCUCAAGUGGAAUUGAUCUGGAAACCUUCAAAAACCAUGUUCCAUGCAGCCGUCAGACUUCUGUUAAUGCCAGUGCAGUCACUCACAAUAGUCUGACUCCUCAACAAUCGCUGAAUACCUACAGUUACAUUUCCAGUAGACAUAACUCACUCACGGGCUCCUUAUUGAAGGAUGAUUUCAAACUUAACAACCUGGCUGAGGUAGCAUCUGUAAGAAUUGAAAAUGGAAAUUAUCCUAUUGACAAGCACCUCAAUGGAAAGCUUUGUUGGCUGGUUGAACCUGGGGGCUGUUUGGAAGAACACAAAGACUAUUCAUUGCUUAUUUUUUCUCCAAGAAACAGAUUUCGACAAAUUUGUAGUAAGAUUGUGGAAAAUAGAAGGUUUGACUAUGGAAUAUUAUUUUUCAUCACCCUCAACUGCAUUACUUUGGCAAUGGAGAGACCCAACAUUCCACCAGAUAGUCUGGAAAGAGAAAUUUUAACCACAGCUAAUUACAUCUUCACUGUUGUAUUCAGUUUGGAAAUGACCGCUAAAGUAAUAUCCAAAGGCUUGUGGUAUGGAGAACACGCUUACCUAAAAAGUGGAUGGAAUGUAAUGGACGGCAUCUUAGUUUCUAUUUCACUACUGGACUUUAUUUUAUCUGUUGUGGCACAUGGCAGUAGUAGGAUCUUUGCAAUAUUACGGGUUUUUCGACUUCUUCGUUCCCUUCGACCAUUGAGGGUGAUAAAUAGGGCACCAGGAUUGAAGUUGGUUGUUCAAACCCUCCUAUCUUCUCUUCGUCCCAUUGGAAACAUUGUUCUUAUUUGCUGUACUUUCUUUAUUAUAUUUGGAAUUCUGGGAGUUCAGCUUUUCAAAGGAAAGCUUUACUACUGCAAUGGACCCAGAGUGACGAAUGUGAAAAAUAAAACUGAAUGUUUAGCUGCAGAUCCUCGUAAUGAGUGGGUGAAUCGGAAAUAUAAUUUUGACAACCUAGGACAGGCUCUUAUGGCACUGUUUGUUUUGUCCUCAAAGGAUGGUUGGGUUAAUAUUAUGUACACAGGACUUGAUGCUGUUGAUAUAGACCAGCAGCCUAUUGAAAAUUACAAUGAAUGGCGGUUACUUUACUUCAUAUCGUUCCUUCUCCUCGUUGCCUUCUUUGUUCUUAACAUGUUUGUGGGAGUUGUGGUUGAAAAUUUUCAUCGCUGUCGAGAGGAACAGGAGAAGGAAGAGAAGGCUCGAAGAGCUGUAAAACGUGCUUGCAAAUUGGAAAAGAAACGGAGAAAAAUGAGGGAACCACCGUAUUAUAUAAACUUCUCGAAACCACGACUUUUCACACACAACAUUAUAACCAGCAAAUAUUUUGAUCUAGCGAUUGCAGCUGUGAUUGGUUUAAAUGUAGUUACUAUGGCCAUGGAAUUUUAUAUGAUGCCUGUGGAACUUGUUUAUGCCUUGAAAAUCUUUAACUACUUCUUCACUGCAGUAUUUAUUUUGGAGGCUGUCAUGAAGAUUGCUGCCUUUGGAGUCAGAAGAUACCUAAUGGAUAAGUGGAAUCAGCUUGAUGUUCUUAUUGUAAUUUUGUCCAUUGUGGGGAUUUGUUUAGAAGAGAUGGAAUCCAAGAUUAUUCCAAUUAACCCCACCAUUAUUCGUGUUAUGCGAGUAUUGAGGAUAGCAAGAGUUCUUAAAUUGCUGAAGAUGGCUAAUGGCAUCAGGGCUUUGCUAGACACGGUAAUGCAAGCUCUACCACAAGUAGGCAACCUGGGGCUUUUGUUCUUUCUUCUGUUUUUUAUCUUUGCUGCUCUCGGAGUGGAACUGUUUGGUCGACUUGAAUGCAACGAUGAUUUCCCUUGUCAAGGCUUAGGAGAACAUGCACAUUUUCAUAACUUUGGAAUGGCCUUUCUAACGUUGUUUCGUGUUGCAACAGGUGAUAACUGGAACGGGAUCAUGAAGGACACUCUUCGUGACCACUGUGAUAUGUCUAGUGACUGUUUAACCAAUUGUUGUGUGACACCACUCGUUGCACCACUGUACUUUGUGAUUUUUGUGUUAAUGGCCCAGUUUGUUCUGGUAAAUGUGGUGGUGGCUGUACUGAUGAAACAUUUAGAAGAAUCACAUAAACAGAUGGAUGAGGAUAUUGAGAUGGACAAGGAAAUUGAGCAGGAACUGGCAGCUGAAGUAAGAGAAGCCCAGGAAAUGGAACUGGAGGAAAUACUUGAACAGGAAUCAUCUAAAGAACAACCCCAAGCUAAGGAUGUUAUGGUAACGAGUCCUCAGAGACUUCUUGCUAAAGCCUCAUCUGUACCCAUUAAUUUCACUUUUACUUUCCCACAUCCCUGUUAA